AUGUAUAGAUUUGAUAAUGCAUUAUUUAAUUUUCCUGUCACCCGUAAGCAUUUUUUCUCUGAUAAACAGUACUAACUAUUCUAUUUUAAGGAUUAAUUGGUUAUGACUGAUGUAUUAUCUCUAUAUUUUUAACCUAGAACUUGGAAAAAUAAGCAAAAUAUCAAAUAAAAUUGAACUUGACAACAUAAUUGAAUUGGAUUGUGAGUGAUAAGAAAAUAUAAGCUUUUGAAAUAUCAUAUAAUAAUAAAAUGAAGGCAUUCUAUGCUUCUCCUCAUAAUUAUUAAUUACUUAGAGAGAUGAUUGCAGGUAAAGUAUUUUAUUGUGGAAUCAAAAAUUUUUAUGACAUACAAAUGAAAGUUGGGCAGGGAAUGAUAGGAGAAGUAAUAUUAUAAAUUAAAAUUAGGUAUAUAGGGGUGUAUCUUUAACAGGAGAUUAUGUAGCAAUAAAGAAGUGUGAUAAAUAGAAAUUAGCAUCACUCUAAGGAGGAAUAGUAAUCAUUUUAUUUAGGUUUAGCCUUAGUUCAUCUAAGAGUUAUAGCUCUUAUAAUAACUGUCACACAUAAAUAUUUUAAAAUUAAAGGAAGUUUUUUUUGAUUAGCAAUUCUAUUACAUAAUUACUGAUUUUAUUGAUGGGAAAACCUUGCAUACAGAAUUGCUCUCUAGACCAACUGGUUUGAGUAUAAGUCAUACAUUAAAAGUUAUGUUUUAAAUUUUAAAUGCUGUUAUUUAUAUUCAUAAAAAAGGAAUUAUGCAUAGAGAUAUUAAUCCACAUAAUAUAAUGCUGUCAGAAAAUGUAAAAUUAAUUGAUUUUGGUUUGGCUCGAAAAAUUAAAAACUAAAUAAUAUUCCCAAUAGCUGGAACACCAGGUUAUAUGGCACCUGAAGUAAUAAACUAUAAAUAAGAUAAGCCAUAUGAUGAGAAAGCAGAUAUUUUUAGUUUAGGAUGUGUAUUAUAUAAGAUGUACAUAACAAUAAUUUAAUAUCUUAGGUUAACUGGUGAAAAUUUAUUUCAUAAAAAUAAAAAUAAUUUUUAAGAAAAUAAAGAUGGUUUUUUUUAAUUGAGAAAGAAUCCUUAACAUCCAGAAUGUAAUUCAAGCAAAAUGGAUUAAUUAUUUGUUUUAUUGGCUCAUAUGCUUGAGAGUUAACCAAAUGAUCGACCUAGUGCUUAGUUCUCUAUGAUGUUAUUAAACGAAAUUGACAAUAAUAAUCAAUAAAUAGAUAGAUUAAUUCGAAAAUAAUAAAUUAUGAAACCUAUUAAUAUGGUUACUGAUGAUAUGUCUAUAGAAAAAACCCCUCGAAGUUUUGCAAGCAAUAAAAAAGAGAAAUCAAACGAUACUAUUCCCAAAAGUGAUGAUAUUACAACUCAAGGAAAGAAAAAAUUAAGCAGGGUAAUAAUUAAAAAUAUUUGA